AUAGUUUUACUUACGUCACAACAGACUAUACAGCGUGAUUUCGAAGACAAGCCACGGAAACCUAUCUGUCGCCUGCUUCUAAUUUCAAGUAGCGAAGACUGCUGAAUUAAAAAAGAAAAUCGAAAUUCUCAUGAAACGUUUCUUAGAAUACUGCAGGCUUCAUUGAACCAUUUUUUUUUUUUUUUGGACUUAAACUUUAAAGAAACAUGGAAACAGAACUUACUGAGGAAGAAGUGGAUGGGUUCUUGAAGAACAAUCCACUGUUCGUUAGAACAUGGCUCACUGAACAUGGUCUAAGCGAAUUGGGUGAAGAGAUAUUCGCUAAAACUGAGAUACAUAUAGAAAAAGCACAUGCUUUCAUUGAUUUCAUUGGAAAUGCCUUGUUUAAAAAGAAACUGGCUCAAAAAGACGAGAGCGAAACUCUAACGGAAAAUGAACUGUACAAAGAAGUUGUGAAAAUUCUUAACAGUGAGUUUCAUACAGAUUCUCUAUGCCAUCGAGUUCUUAAGAAGUUAUGUACCUUACUUCCGUGUGAAAAAGCAAGUCUCUUUUUGGCUCGGGGAACGGGACAAACUCAAUAUCUAAUCUCGACCCUGUUUGAUGUUACAGCUGAAUCUACUCUUGAAGAAUCACUUCAUACUGAAGAAAACGCCAUACGCAUUCCCUUCGGAAAAGGUAUUUCAGGAUUUGUAGCUCAAAAUAAAUGUCUAUUAAAUAUUAAGGAUGUGUAUCAGGAUCCUCGUUUCUUGAGUGAAGUCGACGAAAAGACUGGAUUUCGUACCAAAAGCAUUCUAUGUAUGCCAAUUCUAGACAAUGAUAAUAAAUUGUUAGCUGUCGCUCAAGUAUUAAACAAAAUAAAGGAGGAAUAUUUUGACUCAGAAGACGAAAAUAUCUUCGAGAGGUUUUUGUCAUUUUGUUCUAUCAGUAUGAAUAAUAGCACUUUCUUUGCAAGUUCAAUUGAAGAGCACGAUCGCCACAGCUUAUUACUAAAACUAAAUCGGUGUAUACUAAAAUAUCAAAAUUCUCUAACGAAACUAAUAUCCGAAAUUACCAAACUCGCCAUGGAAAUGUUACAGUGUGAGAGUAUCAGCAUUUAUUUGAGUGAUCCGAACAAAGAGAAAAUUCUCCCAACUGAAUAUUCGAAAGUCUUUCAGUUAUCGAGAGGAGCUUCAGAUAUCUCAGAACAAAUUAUAGCACCAAACGUAAGAAAAGCAAUUGAACGAAAUAUGAAUAGUAAAAAUAAUUUUGAUGUGUUUAAUUUGAAUGAAUUUACAGAGUCUGAUACCAUACAACUCGAAAGUAAGAUUGGUAGUUGGUUGCUUUGCUUAGCAAUUAAAGAUGCCAGCAAUAAUUUUGUCGGUUGGAUCGUGUAUAUCAGAGAUUCAAGGGAUAUUUUUAGUCGAAAUGAUAUCAACAUGAUGGAGCUAUUUACAAUGUUCUGCGGUUUAGCUAUCUAUAAUUGCCGUCUUUAUGAAACUUCAGCAAAAACGUUAUGUCAGUUAGAAUUUACAAAUAAAGUGCUUAGUUAUCAUGCUACUUGCUAUCCAGAAAUUGUAGAUCGAUUUUUAAGUAUGGAAAUGGAAUCUGUAAAUUAUUCUCAAAUUUAUCAAUUCGACUUCGAUCACUUCUUAUAUUCAGAGGAUGACACUGUUUUGUUGGUCGUUCGCAUAUUUUUAGAUGCCAAAACAUUGCCCGUUCUCAACAUAUCUAAAGAAUUAUUAUAUAGGUGGAUACUAACUGUUAAAAAGAACUAUCGACCUGUCACCUAUCAUAAUUGGCGCCAUGCUCUCAAUGUUACUCAAAUGAUGUUUUGUAUGUUGACUACUGGCAAAUUGCAAAUAUAUUUCACAGAAUUUGAUCGGAUUUGCCUAUUGAUUGCUUGUUUGUGUCAUGAUAUUGAUCAUAGAGGACGUGAUAAUGCGUUUCAAGCGAAGACGGCAUCUCCUCUUGCUAUUCUUUACAACACGUCUGUGAUGGAAUAUCAUCAUAUAAGUCGAUGUCUCAUGAUAUUAAAAUAUGAAGAAACAAAUAUUUUACGAAACAUCUCAGUUGAAAAAUAUCAGCAGGGGCUUAAACUUAUAGAGAAAUCAAUCCUUGCUACGGACCUCCUAAUGUACUUUGAGAAAAGGUACAUUUUCAAACAGAAAUUAGAAGUCGAUGACCAAGCGUUGUCAUCUCAAGAAAGUAUUGAUUUACUAAUUUGCAUGAUGAUGACUGCGUCUGAUCUUUCAAGUAUUACUAAGCCAUGGGAGGUUCAAAGAAAGACUGCUAUUACAGUUGCAACUGAGUUCUUCGAACAAGGCGAUUUGGAGAGCCAUUUUACUCGUAAUAUCAUGCCUAUGAUGGAUCGCAGGAAAAGACACCAAUUGCCUAAAAUGCAAGUUGGUUUUAUU